AUGGGUUCCCUUGCAAACGGUUCGCAGCCUACUUUCCUCUUCACCUCCGAGUCCGUCGGUGAGGGUCACCCCGAUAAGAUUGCCGACCAGGUCUCCGAUGCCAUCCUCGAUGCCUGCCUGGCGGAGGACCCCCUCUCCAAGGUCGCUUGCGAGACUGCCACCAAGACUGGUAUGAUUAUGGUCUUCGGUGAGAUCACCACCAAGGCCAACCUGGACUACCAGAAGAUCAUCCGUGGCGCUAUCAAGGACAUCGGUUACGAUGCCUCUGAAAAGGGCUUCGACUACAAGACUUGCAACGUCUUGGUUGCCAUUGAGCAGCAGUCCCCCGACAUUGCUCAGGGCCUUCACUACGAGGAGGCUCUUGAGAAGCUCGGUGCCGGUGACCAGGGUAUCAUGUUCGGUUAUGCCACCGACGAGUCCCCUGAGCUCCUGCCCCUUACCAUCCUGUAUUCCCACAAGCUCAACGCUGCCAUGAAGGCCGCUCGUCUGGACGGCUCCAUCCCCUGGUUGCUGCCUGACACCAAGACCCAGGUCACCAUUGAGUACGCUCACGAUGGUGGUGCCGUCAAGCCCCUGCGUGUCGACACCGUCGUCAUCUCCGCUCAGCACACCGACGACGUCUCCACUGAGGAGCUCCGUGCUGUCCUCAAGGAGAAGAUUGUCAAGAAGGUCAUCCCCGCCAACCUGCUGGACGACCGCACCGUCUACCACAUGCAACCCUCCGGCCGCUUCGUCAUUGGUGGUCCCCAGGGUGACGCCGGUCUGACUGGCCGUAAGAUCAUUGUCGACACCUACGGUGGCUGGGGUGCCCACGGUGGUGGUGCCUUCUCCGGCAAGGACUACUCCAAGGUUGACCGUUCCGCCGCCUACGUUGCUCGCUGGAUCGCCAAGUCCCUGGUCAACGCCGGCCUGGCCCGUCGUGCCCUUGUUCAGCUCUCGUAUGCCAUUGGUGUCGCUGAGCCCCUGUCCCUCUUCGUCGAGACCUACGGCACCUCGUCCAAGUCCUCCGAGGAGCUGGUCCAGAUCAUCCGUAACAACUUCGAUCUGCGCCCCGGUGUGAUCGUCAAGGACCUGGACCUGGCCAAGCCCAUCUACUCCCAGACUGCCAAGAACGGUCACUUCACCAACCAGAGCUUCAGCUGGGAGAAGCCCAAGGCCCUCAAGUUCUAA